CUGGUGGCCAGAGUCGUGGGCACAGCGCGCCGUCGCGCCAUUCAAAACAUCGCCACCGAUGCGACAAUACGACUACCGAAAUAUAUUUUUUUGAAAAAUUCGAUUUCGGCACCAGACGCCGACGCCCCAUUGCGAUUCAAGCCGCGCGCGCGCCUAGGCCGUCCCGUCCGCCGCCGAGCCACUGACACAUUUCUGUUUGUGCGCGCGCCAUUCGAAUUUAGAUUAAUUAUUUUUUCGAAACCGUGAUUUCGUAUCGUUGUGCCAGUACCACGUGUAUGGAAACUGUGUUCGAACUGUAAACAAUUGUCUGGACUAACCGAGUUCAAGAUGGAAAUGCGGCGGUACAGAUCUGGUGGCACGUCUUUUUUAACAUAUUGGAUAUUCUUCUUACAAAUGCUGGGCAGCGCACAUCGCGGGGCAGAAGGCCACGGGCGGCUGAUGGACCCGCCAGCUCGCAACUCCAUGUGGCGGUUCGGAUUCCCCAACCCCGUCAACUACAACGACAACGAGCUCUUCUGCGGCGGAUAUGCCGUUCAGUGGGAACAGAACGAGGGUAGGUGCGGGGUGUGCGGGGAUGCGGACCACCUGUCAGAGCCACGCCCGCACGAGGCUGGAGGCAUGUACGGGAAGGGCAUCGUCACCAGGCACUACAGCGUUGGUCAGGAAAUAGACAUCGAAAUUGAAUUGACGGCGAAUCAUCUUGGAACUUUCGUAAUAAAAUUAUGCCCGAAUAAUAAUCCGAAACGAGAAGCCAGCCAGGACUGCUUUGACAGGUACCCCCUAUACAUAUCGGACUCGCGCGAGGACCGCUUCAUGAUUCCCCUGGACACGGCCAAGAAGGAAAUCUUCAGAUACAGGGUGCGGCUGCCACCUUACGUCACCUGCACGCAAUGUGUGCUGCAAUGGACUUACUACACUGGCAAUAUGUGGGGCAUCUGCGCGAACGGCACGGAGGCGGUGGGCUGCGGGCGCUCGGAGACGUUCCGCAACUGCGCCGACGUGUCGGUGGUGACGAGCGCGGGCGGGCUGCCCCCGGCCUUCGCUGGCUCUGCCGACCUGCGCCGCGACUACCCCUUCCUGCUCUACUACCGCGACUUCCGCAUGCCGCAGAACGUGUAUCCGCUCGUCGUCAGAGAUACACAUAAAGACACCGAGAAGGAAUCUUACGUAGCGAUUAGCAACGAUAUUGAAUCAGAUGAGGAUUUCACUACACCCGUCAUUAGGGAUCAAGUGUGUGUGCCCACGCAAGGGUACCGCAUGUUCCCAGGCAUGCAGGAGUGGUGCCAGACCAACUGUCUGCGGUACCCGCCCAACUGCCCGACCGCUCUGUGCACUUGCCCGCAAGAAUGCGACGCUGUGGGUGAAAUAGAGGGUCGAGCCGGUGCUGACGUUUACUGCAUGGACCAGUGCAUCGUGUACCCGCCGCACUGCCCCUACAACCGUUGCAAAUGCUACUAACUUCACUCCACUCCUGACCGUCCAAUAACACGCUCACCGGUGCGAAGUGUACUGCAUCGACCAGCAGUGCAUCGUGUACCCGCCUCACUGUCCCUACAACCGGUGCAAGUGUUACUAACUUCACUCCGUUCCCGACUGUCUAAAAACCACGUAGCAUCCCCUCUAGCAAGCGCCUUUGUGCCAAGCGUAUGUAGUAAUACUGCAUUCAAUACUCGAUGCAAUUAUGUGAACUUCGUUUAACAAACGACAAUAAAUUUUGUUUUAUGUCAAUUUAGGUAGAAUGAUAUGUAUAAAAAAAAAACAAUUGGGAUUUCAAUAUGCAAUAAAAAUAAAAAAACAACGAAAAUAAUUUUAUUAUUGCAUUUAAUAAGUUAUAAGUACCUGCGAAAAGUGGUCAUCAGCGUAUGCAUAUCUUCUUUUUUAAAUUGUGUUGGAUAUGAUGAGAAAUAAGUUGAUGAAAUUGUACAAUGGUGAUUUUGUUUUUUUUGUCAGAAAUGCUAAGUAAUUGUAAGUAGACAAGGACAGUUUUUUCAACAAUUAAUAUUUUCAUUUCUUCUUUUUACUUAUUCCGAUUCAAAUAUUUGUAAUAAAAGCGUUUGUAAGUAACAAUAUAACAAUCAAUGUAAUUAAUUUCACAUUUGUACAGUUGUAGUAUAUUAUUAAAUAUAAGUAAUAGAUAAUUUGUAAAAAUAAAUAAACUUAAACGACAUUUUCUUGGAGUUAAAUAAAGUGAACACUUACACACUACAUUAUUUAUUACUUCAAAUUAAUGUCGUUAUUUUAAAUGGUUAAGGUUUUGUAUCAACUUUUUCAAAAAUUGUUUCCUACUUUACGUAACAAUAAUGCCAUUAAAUUGUGCCAGAUGUUACGCGUUACCCGUACGCGUUACAAUGAAAAUAUAACGAACGAAAUAACUAUUAUCAUUUUAUGUAAUUUUGUAAUGAAGAUAUUUUUGUAAAAUAAACAAAUAAAAG